UGCAGGCGCCAGGAUAUUGCAACACGAGGCUCUGCAGUGCAAUGAGCAGGCAACGGGAACGUCGUACGUCUCGAGAACGUCAAAGCAAUUGGAAGACUACCCGUACCCGUGAACGUUCUCCAUCUCCGACUGGAAAGCCCUCUUCUCGUCACCGUUCGUCACGUCAGUCAACACUCUCCACAUCAGAUCAUCACCGCGACAGUACAAAGCCAGAGAAACAGUUUUCAAACCGCUGCAAGCUUUUUGUCGGCAACCUACCAACUGGUACAACGGAAAAGGAGCUGCUCGAGCUCUUCUCUCCGUACGGAAAGACAGACGACGCUUUUAUUGCUGCUGGAAGGAAUUUUGGGUUUUUAAAAUUGGAUACACGACAGCAUACAGAGCUUGCUAAGCUUCAUCUUGACAACACAGUAUAUAAAGGUCGUACAAUACGAGUUCGUUUUGCUGCAAGCAAUGCAACAGUCACUGUGCACAACUUGAAUCAUUGUGUCUCUAAUGAAUAUUUGGAGGAUGCAUUUUCAAUGUUUGGGGAGGUGGAGCGAGCAGUCAUAAUGACUGAUGAGAGAAGCAGAUCAAUGGGGCAUGGCUAUGUGGAGUUUGUAAGGCGAGGUUCUGCUCAGAAUGCUGUCCGUCGUUGUAAAGAGGGAAGUUUUCUAUUGACACGCUCACCAAUUCCCGUCAUUGUACAGCCAAUGUCAGCUGAACAGGAUGAAGAUGGAGUGUCAGAACGAAGCAUCAAGAAUCUUCCAGAUUACCCAAAGGAACGAGAUGGGGUUAGACCAAGAUUUGCACUUCCUAGGUCUUUUGAGGGUGAAAUUGCUGGUCGUUUUAAAGCUUUGGCAGAACUGGAACAACAACAAAAGGAAGUGUUAGAAAAACAAAUGAAAGAGGGGAAAGAGAAGCUCGAGAAAGAAGUGGAAGCAUUACUCCAUGAGAGGAGAGCAACGUUGAUGCGGCAAGAGUUGUUGAAACGAGAAGAAGACAUUCGUAGAUUUGAUACCUUGAGGCAAUAUGAAGAGAAUAUGAUGGCAGAAAUAGAAAGAGAAGAUGAAGAUUUGACGUAUGGUCAUCAUCAAGGCUUUUCAGACCUUCCUUCUCGUGCUUUUGAAGGUGACUACUUUACUUCAGAUGAUGCCGGUGGAACCAUAGCUACCGAACGUCUUCUAAUGCAAACUCACACUGCUGGCUAUAAGAGAGAUAUCAUGUCAGAGGAAAUUCCUGCAAGUCUAUUUGCAUCACGAUUUCCAGAUGAAGCCCCUCAACACAUACGACCUUUAAUGGAUGAUCAUCCAGUAGAUGAACGCUUUGUACUUGACGAACGGCGUGCACUUGAAGAGCAACAGACUUUUGAUGAGCAGCAAGCGUUUGAAGAACACCCUCUUGAUGAUCAAGGUGCUCUUGAUGAACAACAUGUUCUUGAUGAACAACAUAUUCUUGAUGAACGACAGGCUCUUGAGGAACGGCGUGCUUUUGAGGAACGGCGUGCUCUUGAUAAACGACGUAGUCUUGGUGGCCGACGUGCUCUUGAUGAACGACUUGCUCGCAAUGGACGGCAAGCAAUCAGUGAAAGGCAUGCUUUUGAACGUGGUUUGAAUGAGCGACGCAUGCGACCCGGUUCGUUUGCACGUCCUCGCCCUGAUCUUCGUGAUGAAAUUCCAAGGCGCAGAACAUACACUGGAUAUCUAGGUGAGAUUCAUCCAUCUUCACUGACAUUUGGCGAAUCCAGUUCAAAGAAGCGUCGCUAUUGAUGAGACUGACAAGGGUUAUGGGACAUCUGCCUGUGGACUUCUGCUGCCUGUGGUCUUGACUUUAUUGUGUGGCAGCUAGAUAGCAGUACUUCUGGUCUUUCUGUGUUGUCUAUUGUAGUGUGCAUGUGUAGCUUGGAUUUCAUGAUGGUAGGGAUGGAGUUAGAGAACUACCAUGUUGUGAUGAUGCCACAGUUUUGUGGUAAGGAAGAGUUAAGUGUAGCUGAAUACGAAUAUUGCUUCAUGUCCUUGAAGAGCCUUGA